AAAAUGUGUGCUUCUCUUUUUGGCACACACGACAGCCAGUCAAAACAUUAAUAGCACCGGCAACGCUGGUUGGCGAUGUCAAAUUUCGACCAACGGGAACGGGAAGGUAAAAAAAAGAAGUUUUGUUUGGAUCGUGCGCUAGGAACUUGUUUUUAUUGAAUCUGUGUUUCGUUUGUUAGAAAUAGUUCCAGUGCAAGUGAAAAAAAACUUGGCCGUUCGUGCCUCUCCGGAGGAAUAUACUCAUACGGCGUUUUUGUCGUGUUCGCGUAGUGUUUGUUUGGUGAUGCUGAUCCACUUAAGCAGCGAACAAAUUGGACACCAUGAAUCCGGGAUCGGAGCACGGCAUCGGCGCUGGUAUCGACUGCAUGAUCAUCUCCUCCGCUAUUAUACCUAUAUUGAUGAUCAAAAAUACAAGCCUCCGAUCGGAAGUAUUGAUUUGCAGAAGUGCUCAGAAAGUAACUAUUGCACCCAGAUUGGUAUGCUUACGAUUGAACAAAUUAUUAGAAUUCCGACGUCCACCAUCGCCGAAUGAUGUUGAAUCGCUGGUGCCAGCAAAGCAAGGCAAUACUGCUAUUCAGCGGAAUUUGCUGUCAGCUGAUUGUUGCGACGAGUGGUGUGCACAUCUUAAUAAAAAACUUGCUCUGCUUGAAGCCUGGGGACAGACCGAUAGCAGAAGUUCGAGUUGCUAAAUGCUAAAUACGAUCAAUCUGCUUCAUAUCGGUUUUCUGUACAGUUGCCAUUGUUAGUAGUAUUAUUAUUAGUUAGUUAGUUAGUAGUAGUAUUAUUAGUUAGUUAUUUAUUGAAAUUAUGAAUUCAAACGUCCCAAGCAGAUAAGGAUUAGUGUUUUUUUUUGACGUUGACUAACGUCUAUAUCGAAGUUAGGCCCCUGAAUUUGAAAAUCUAGUAAUUCAACCAGGGAAAACCAGAGAAAAGUGUUCAGGUUUUGAGCGCUUAUUUUGCAGUCAUCUAUAAUCAGGUUUUCGAGGUUUUGGCAUCAAUCGAUCAGAAAUUCUCUUACGGUUAAAUUUAUGUAACAAAAAAAAACUUUUGUUUGAGAUACACUAUUGAAAAAUUGGUAAUUAAUAUCGAUUGUCUAAAUCAUACCGCGCAGCCAAUCACUACCUCUCUUCCCAAGCACAGUCGACACUAACGGAUACAAUCGAUCUGACUUUGUUGUUAUUGUUGUUGUCACUUUCUGUUUCCGAUGUUUAUGCUGCUGCUAGCGGAAAAAACCUUGCAAAUAUGCAUUUUUUUGUU